GAAGCUGAUCCUGCACAGCUCUGCAUCAGGCACAACAAAGGUGAUGCUGACGACCCAGAGACAGAACUGCUACCGGGAGCAGAUCCAGAAGGAGAUGUUGACCCGUUUGGCCUGGAAGAGCCGCUACGCCGACCUCUACCCGUCCUGCUGCGAUGCCCCGAACGCCGACAGCACAAAACCAACACAUCUGCCCCGUCUGCCCGGCAACGCCCGGACGGUCCUGCCUCCCGUUACCAGGACAACCGAGAAGCCGAGCGACCUUUCUCCUCCGCCUCCUGCUCCUCCUCGUCCUCCUGUGCUCUCUGUGGACGAGGACGGGCGUCUCGAUGUGGCUCCUCUGAUGAGGCCGGUUUCUCCUCAGACCAGAGAUUCUCUCUACCAGGACUCCUCGCACCACGGUAAAGGGCGGAGUCUGUACCUGCAGAGGCGUGUCCGCAUGAGACCUGAGGAGAAGUUUGACUUUCCUCUGCUCUCGUCCUGGGAGUACGGAUGGAGGCUGGGUGACUACACUCUGGAUUACAGGACUCCGUCCCGCGCCAAGUCGUCGGUGGUGAAGAACACCUUCUACGCCCGGAACGGCGUGUUCAGCAGCCCGUCAGCCACCGACACGCUGGGCUGAAGUUCAGCCUUCAGACACCAGGGGCCGCUCUUUAAUGUGAUAAACACCAUUUAUGUUUGUCUUAAUCCCAAAUUCACCACCAGCUCAAGUCAUUUGGGGAUUUUGGGAUGUUAUGAACCAUUUUGGGAUGAUGACAAAUGGCAUCUUUUGGAGGCACGAUAUACAAUAUUGGUAAUUGGUAUUAAUUUAACAUAAAUGUUUUCAAAAUUGACAUUUUUUCUUGUUUGUUUUGCCAAGCCUUCUACGUGUUUUUUUGUGUUUUGGUGAUUCGAUUAAAAACCUAUUGUCAGAUGUUAGACCUCAACUCACAGAGCAAUGAUUGGUUAGAUAUAACCCAUUUCAAAUAUAUUAUAUUAUAAUAUAUAUGACGGGGUUCGAGGUUCUUUGUGUGAAUGAAGAUCUUCUCUUUCCUGUUACACUGUCUGUUAACCAUCCACUCUGCUGUUAGGUUAAGUGUCUCCCAACCUGAUACUGUGUGAUGGAUAAUUAAUGAACACCUGGCCAGGUAUCAGUCAGAAAGACGUACACUUGAUACCUCAGUGUUUUUAAAAAGCGAGCCACUGGAGGAAAUGUUACACACCACAACAUUAAAUAUUUCUUAUCAGUCAGUAACUACAUUAUGCUAGUUUAAUUCCAGUUGUAAGGAUGUAAAGUGUAAACUUAUUUAAUGUUGUUUUCUUUUUUUUACCCCCAGAUUUGUUUACACCUUUUAAGUGUUUUGACUUAAAGCUAUAGAGCCUGCCCUCGUGCAUGAAUCUCAUAAAGAAACCAGAAUCCAACGAUUUGUUCUCAUUAGUCCAUCACUCAGACUUAUCUUUACAAACUGCUUACAAUAUUUCGUUUAAUUUGAAAAAAAAGCCCAGUAAUUUCCUCAUACAGCAGAUCACUGUCUUGAAACUAACUUUUGUCAAUGUUCAUUAUGAGUAUACUUGUAAUGUUAAGUGUUAAUGGGUAAAGUGCAUUAAACAGUUCAUGUUCUUUCAACAUUCCUAAUGACCUGCAUUCAUGUCCAAGUGAUAGUUUAGUCUCCACUUACUGGUUUAAAUCUGUUUUAGAGGAAUAGUGUGUAAAAUUUAGGGUGAUUUCAAAUGUAAUAAAAUGUUCACAAGUGUCUUAGAACCUGCAUUCUCUCUACUGUCCAUCAGUAGAGAGAACCUCUGGUUGUAUAGAAGUCUAUGAGAAAAUGACUCUACUUCUCUCUUGAUUUAUUCCCUCAGUAAACAUUGUAAACAUGAGUUUAUGGUCUCAAUCUCUAGUUGAAGUCUUCUUCAAUACAGCAUGAUGUUCAUUUAGUAAAUGAUGCUCCAUUUAGAGUCAAACAGACCAUAAAGCAGAGUAUGUAUUAGGGCGGGGCUUAAUGUGAUUGACAGAUCACUACCACAUAGGUGUCUGGUCUGGGAGAUGUCUGUGAUUUUGUCCUAAAGCCUUUCACUUCAUGAAAGUUAGUUGUAACAUUUUGGUCACAUAAAAAAGCCUUAUUCAGCCUUCAGUUAUACUCCACCCUCUCGUGUCAUUUCUGGUUGCAAAAAAACAAGAUGGCGACGGCCAGAAUUCCGGACUCAAGACUUCAAAACCUCAAUCCACAAAUCAAUGGAUGACGUCACAGUGACUACGUCCACUUCAUAUAAACAGUGCAUGGAUGAGUCAACUCAUUUCCUGUAUUAACGGUAUACUAGAAAAUUGUAAAAAUGAAUCAUAAAAGAAAACAUGGAUUAUAAAAUACAAUUUGUUAAUAUUUGGAUUACAGAUUGUACCUUUAAAAUGUUCUUAAACAAUUAAAUAAAAGAUGGGGAUUUUUUCAUUUUGACUUAGAUUUAUUCUAUUGACGAAACAAAAAAA